AUGUCUCUCGCUCAGCAUGUGACUCAGACCCAGGGCUUCGACUACGAAGGCCCAGCGAAUCCCAACUAUGAAGGGCCGACGCAUCCCAGCGUGUCGCCCAGCUUUGGGACACCAAACAUCAUUGCUCCUGGGGAAGAAUAUGUUUCUUUUCCUGACAGGUCAGAAUGGCGACGCUUGAGUUUUGCGCCUGUGGAUAUUGUCCAGAAAUUACCCAACCUCGCAGCGUACAAGGUCUCGGAUCUCAAGCGAUAUGCUCAGGUAGCGACCGGGAUAAUAGCGUGCUGGUUUGCGGCAGGCAUUGUAUUCGGCUUUGCAGCGAUUAAGCCAAUUCUGAUCGCUGAGGGCAUCUAUUCUGAACUCUGCCAUCAUGAUCAACGAAAAUUAGGGGAAGGGCCUGACUUUGAAGUCCCUUGUGCUGAACAAGACAUGCGAUUAAAUCUCCUCUUCAUCUCAGCGUCCAUCUCUGCCAACGUUUCAUCUCUUCUUGCCGGGUCUGCCCUUGAUCGAUUUGGUCGUCGCGCGUGCUGGCUUAUCUCGAGUCUGCUUCUCGCACUCGGCUCUCUGAUGAUGGGUCUUUCUUUCUCAAUCCCUGGAUUUCAUGGAUUUCUGGCUGGCAACGUACUCCUCGCAUUUGGUGGUACUUUUCUCUUCGUCUCCAGUUUCCAACUCGCAAAUGCUUUCCCCAAAUACUCUGGGCUGAUUGUCGCCCUCGUCACUGGCGCCUUCGAUGCUUCCGCAGCCGUUUUCUUGUUCUACCGCAUGAUAUAUGAUGCAUCGGGCGGCAAGUUCACACUUGACAGAUUCUUCUUUGGCUAUAUCUCUGUUCCGGUAUUCAUUUUCUUGGCUGAAAUGCUGUGGAUGCCGGAACACUCAUACCAUACCCUGCCCCAAUUGGAGAAAAAGAUCGAGAACGCCCAAGACCGCAGUAGAGACGUUCACGCAUCAGAUGACGAGAUCGAUGACUCUAAUGAGUUGACGCGUGUUCAAAGCGCCCGCGCUGAACAUAGAAGACACAAGCUCGAGAAGAUCGAGGACCUCACUGGUGGUAUAGAGCAGCGAGGAGAGCGUAUCAAAGAGGAGGAAGGGCGACAGGAAGCCAGUGGUGUCUGGGGCGUUCUUCACGGCGUUCCUGCCCACAAGCAGAUGAUGUCGCCGUGGUUCAUCCUGAUCUUGCUAUUGACCAUUCUCCAAAUGCUUCGCAUGAAUUACUUUAUCGCCAGUGUCAGAUCUCAAUAUCGUUACAUGCUGGGUUCCGAGAAGGCAGCCGAGCGCAUCAACGAAUUCUUCGACGUCGCGUUGCCCGUGGGAGGCGUUGCUUCGACGCCGUUCAUUGGGCUUCUGCUCAACAACUUAAGUGUGCCUACAACCUGGAGCGUUUUGACAGUGUUCAUCGUUGUUAUUGGAGUUCUUAACUGCUUGUCACAUCUAUGGGCUGGAUACAUCACGGUUAUUGCAUUUGUCAUCUUUCGCCCUCUUUACUACUCAGCCAUCUCUGACUAUGCGACCAAAGUCUUUGGUUUCGCUACCUUCGGACGUAUCUAUGGAACCAUCACCUGUAUUUCGGGAAUCACUCAGCUUUCCCAGUCAGGACUUGAUGCGCUCACGCACGGCCCACUACACAACAAUCCAAUCCCUAUCAAUGCAACUCUUGGUGGUCUUGGAGCUCUUGUCGGUGUUCUCCUCAUCGUCUUCGUUACUGUCAAGGGUAAGAACUUUGCUGAAAAGAAGACUGAGAUGGAAGCCGACGAUGAGAGAGAGCGACUUUUGUCCAACGCUCAGUAUGGAUAUGGUACAGGCCACUGA